AGAGCCGCGGUCCCCUCCAUAUGACGUCACAGUGCCUCACGUGUGGACGGUCCAAAACAAAAAUUAGCUCAGUUUUGAGUUUAUUUCAGUAACUGCUUCUUUUUUAGAUACCCGAUACACACAUACACACACACACACACACGCACGCUGAGAGCCAUGGCGUCCAGCUGCCGCAGGCCUGAGCACAUGGCCCCUCCAGAAGUGUUCUACAACGAGGAGGAGGCCAAGAAAUACUCUCAAAACUCUCGGAUGAUUGAGAUUCAAAGCCAGAUGUCGGAGCGAGCUGUGGAGCUUUUGAACCUGCCCGAGGGACAGCCCUGCUUCCUGUUAGACGUGGGGUGCGGCUCAGGGCUGAGUGGAGACUAUCUGACAGAGGAGGGACACUGCUGGGUCGGAGUCGACAUCAGCACCGCAAUGUUGGAUGUUGCGCUGGAGAGGGAAGUAGAGGGGGACCUUGUCCUGGGCGACAUGGGCCAUGGAAUACCUUUCCGAGCUGGCACCUUUGAUGGUUGCAUCAGUAUCUCUGCGCUUCAGUGGCUCUGCAAUGCGGACAAGAAGACACACAGUCCUCCCAAGAGACUCUAUAGGUUUUUCAGUACGCUGUAUUCCUCUCUGAAAAGAGGGGCACGUGCCGUCUUUCAGAUUUACCCAGAAAACUCAGAACAGCUGGAGCUGAUCACAGCCCAGGCCAUGAGGGCAGGCUUCAGUGGAGGCAUGGUCGUGGACUAUCCCAAUAGCAGCAAGGCCAAAAAGUUCUUCCUGUGUCUGUUUGCCGGUGUAUCGGGCGUCCUUCCCAAAGGAUUGGGGACAGAAACAUCAGAAAAAAAUGUCCCAAACCAGGUCCAGUUUUCAGGACAAAGAUCCCGCUUUAAAAACAUGAAGGGGAAGUCUGCAAAGAAAGGAAGAGACUGGAUCUUGGAGAAGAAGGAGAGGAGAAGAAGACAGGGCCGGGAUGUUCGGGCAGACACAAAAUACACAGGACGCCAAAGAAGACCUCAUUUCUAGCUCUGACUCAUGCAGCUGAGCCUUGAUUUGCUCUCGUCUGUAACGUCACAGACACAGUCGCCUCUGUAGCUGCCAAGUGUUUGGACUCAAUUAAGGUUUCAGCUAAUUAAUUCAACCGGAUGAAAUGAAAGAGCCAAAUGCUGUUAUGGUCAGUCGUUUUUAUAUUUGGUCUUUUUUUCUUCCAAAAGAGUUUUAAUAAGAUUGAAGUCUUUUUCUGCUCAGUUUGGCUGGGACUCACAUUGUUUAUGGACACACCUGUGGACUUGCCCGCUGUUCAGACACUGUCAGCGCUGGUGUGUGUGUGUGUGUGUGUGUGUAACAGCUACACACAGCUACCACCUCUGCACAGGGCCCACAGGUGAAAUGUAGCUUGAUAGCUGAUUCUGGGACAGUUACUUAACUGUUCAUUAUCACUAUUAAAUAAACAAAUUAAUAAAUAAACUGUGCCACAGAAUUGAAAACC